AUGGAUGAAUCCGGUAUCGAUAUGGGAUAUGAUCUCGCUUCUCUAUUAACGAACGAUUUCAAUAUUGACCAAAGGAUUUUGGACGAGAUGACCACUGGCCAGGAUCAGCAGGACUUCAUGUUCUACGAGCUCAAAUCCAAAGCCGUACCAGUUACUGAGAGCCGAAACGUCCGCGACCCUGAGAACAACUUGGCAAAGCCCCCAGUUUUGCUAUGUUUAUGUCCAUUCUGCGAACUUCAUCUAACAUUCUUUGGCGGCGCGAUUGUUAACUUUGCUUUUCUUUUAUUAUUUAUACAAACGAGU